GCGUGAGUCUAGGCAAGGGUUAAAAGAUGUUCUCAGAAUAGGCUUCCCCCGACCCCCCUCCUCCUCUCCUCCAGCCUGUGCUGUUGCUGCUGCUGCUGCUCGGGAUUUCUUGGCUCUGGGGAAGAGCACUGGACGCAGAUCUGUUGCUGCUGCUGCUGCUGCCCUUGGUGAUGUGCAGCCCAAUCCAAUUAACUGUCACCUCUAGAGACUAUCAGGCAGCUCCAGCCUGGUGUGAAACAAUGACUGUGUGAGUGUGUGAUUGUGUAGUGAUUGUGUGAGUGGAGCUGCAGUUCCCUGGCACAGACGAUCGCAGCAGCCUCAGGAUGCUCCUGUCCACUUCGUGCUUCUGAAUCGCUGCUUCCUAGAGCUCCCAGUUCACCGUUCCAUGGAUUUCUUGCUACUUUUCCGUUCUUGCCAUAUUCUGCUGUAGAACUGACUCAGGCAAGAUAUGACACUAACCCUCAUUGGGAAGGGGCUUCUCCCGCACCCCAUCUAACUGGAGCACCAGAGUCCCGUUGAAGGCAUGUUCUGGGCAUGCCUUUACCAUUUUUAAUGAUUCUUCAAUAAAUUUCUAUUUUUCAAGGCGAAUAAUCGGCUCCUUUGGCGCUCCAUUUUUCUCGAGCUCUGCUGAAGGCAUGAACCUACCUUCCUUCCACUAGAAGCGAUUACAUUGAACAAGCUUGAUGCACUGAAUUAUCCUUCUUGCUGGGAGUCUACACAAAUAUUGUGACAUCACAUCUUUUCCCCCAUGACCGCUCAGUGAAAGAAACUGAUAUCACAACUCAGUUUCAUACAAACAUGGCAGAAAAAGUUCCCCCUGGGCUCAACAGGAAAACUUCAAGGUCAACUCUUUCUCUUCCUCCAGAGCCGGUGGAGAUCAUCCGAAGCAAAGCAUGUUCACGGAGGGUAAAAAUAAAUGUGGGGGGUCUGAACCAUGAGGUUUUGUGGCGGACUUUAGACCGAUUGCCAAGGACAAGAUUAGGGAAACUGAGGGACUGUAAUACCCAUGAAAGCCUCCUGGAUGUAUGUGAUGACUAUAACCUCAACGAGAACGAGUAUUUUUUUGACAGACAUCCGGGAGCAUUUACUUCCAUUUUAAAUUUCUAUAGGACGGGAAAGUUACAUAUGAUGGAGGAGAUGUGUGCUCUAUCCUUUGGUCAGGAGCUUGAUUUUUGGGGAAUUGAUGAGAUAUACCUGGAGUCCUGUUGCCAGGCUAGAUAUCAUCAGAAAAAAGAACAGAUGAAUGAGGAGCUGAGACGAGAGGCAGAAACACUAAGAGAAAGGGAAGGUGAAGAAUUUGAUAAUACAUGUUGUCCAGAAAAAACAAAAAAGCUCUGGGAUUUACUGGAAAAACCCAAUUCAUCUGUAGCUGCAAAGGUUUUGGCCAUUAUAUCAAUCCUGUUCAUCGUACUGUCGACCAUUGCAUUAUCGCUUAACACACUUCCUGACUUGCAAGAAAUUGAUGAGUUUGGACAACCUAAUGACAACCCACAACUGGCACAUGUUGAAGCUGUAUGCAUUGCUUGGUUCACAAUGGAGUAUCUUCUGCGUUUCCUUUCUUCACCAAACAAAUGGAAGUUUUUCAAAGGCCCUUUGAACAUCAUCGACCUGUUGGCCAUUUUACCAUAUUAUGUCACCAUUUUCCUCACAGCGUCAAACAAGAGUGUGCUUCAGUUUCAGAAUGUAAGGCGAGUUGUCCAAAUAUUUCGGAUCAUGAGGAUACUGCGAAUCCUUAAACUGGCCAGACAUUCCACAGGUCUCCAGUCAUUAGGAUUUACCCUUAGACGGAGUUACAAUGAACUGGGAUUACUAAUAUUAUUUUUGGCAAUGGGGAUUAUGAUCUUUUCCAGUUUGGUGUUUUUCGCUGAAAAAGAUGAGGAUGCAACAAAGUUUACUAGCAUACCAGCAUCAUUUUGGUGGGCCACAAUUACUAUGACCACAGUUGGCUAUGGGGACAUAUAUCCUAAGACAUUGCUGGGUAAAAUUAUUGGGGGCCUUUGUUGCAUUGCUGGUGUGUUAGUUAUAGCAUUGCCUAUACCAAUUAUAGUGAAUAACUUUUCUGAGUUCUACAAAGAGCAGAAAAGGCAAGAAAAGGCAAUAAAGAGAAGAGAAGCACUUGAAAGGGCAAAGAGAAAUGGAAGUAUUGUGUCCAUGAAUCUUAAAGACGCAUUUGCCCGUAGUAUGGAACUGAUUGAUAUUGCAGUAGAUAAAUCAGAAGAUGGGUCUAAUAAAAUGGAAAAGCCAAGUGAUAAUCAUUUAUCCCCGAAUCGAUGGAAAUGGUCACGAAGGACUUUAUCUGAUACAAGUUCAAACAAAUCAUUUGAUAAUAAGUAUCAGGAGGUGAGUCAACAUGACUCUCAAGAACAACUGAACAAUGCAUCUUCUAGCCCACAGCAUCUCAGUGCUCAAAAGCUUGAGGAACUGUACAAUGAGAUAACAAAAGCUCAGUCACAUCCCAGUGUCAAUUCAUCCUUUCAGGAACAGUCUGCUGUUCCACCUGCAUAUGAAGAAGAAAUAGAAAUGGAGGAGGUUUCAACAAAGAAGACCCAACUAUCAGUAGCUCAGAAAGAUAUAGUCACUGACAUGAGAAGUGUUUCCAGUAUUGACAGUUUUGCCAGCUGCGCAACUGAUUUUACAGAAACAGAAAGAUCUCCCCUUACGCCAUACCCUGGAAGUAACCUUGAAAUCCGUUUUCCUUCCUACACAGUACCUGAAGAAGGCCAUGGCGGGAAUACUGCUCAGUUCUUGCCACGCUCAAAAUGCAUGGGUUUUGCUCCCAAAGAUGUUACUUUUGAAUAUAAGUUAUCUGAGCAUCCUAUCAAAAAUGAUAAUGAAACACCUAAAAUAUUACUUCAAGAUCAAGCUGGAAAUGAAGUAGAAAGCCCUGAAUUUUCUCUGAAAAGGAAUCACCCUCUUAGAUCAAGGUCUCUUAAAGUUAAUUUCAAAAACCCAAAGAGCCAUUCUCAACCAGCUACAGCAAACUUUACAAGUGCUUUGCCAGUAAACAUGAUAGACCAUCCCUUGUACACUCAUCUUCAGCUAAGCACAAUUUUCCUUCAAGAUUAUCAAUCUCAGGAGCAGCCAUCAAACCUGCAAACGGAUUCAUCAAGUGACCAUUCAAGAUCUUUGCAGGUGUCCCCAAAGCAUAAUCCAAAACUUUUUGCACUCUCUUCAAACAUGAAGAGCAGUUUCACAGAAAUUGGCCCCGAAGAUGAGGACUUUAUGCAAAUUUGUGGUGAAAAAAAUGAUACUCAGGAGAACAUGAAAGUAAACUGCAUCAAGGAGAAACCUGAAGGACACUAUGUGAACCUUGAAACUUCUCUGCUCUCACCACAGAAAACCAUAAGUCAGAACUGUACUCAGGACACUUACCUCCCAGAGGAGGAAACCAAUCAGGAAGACGGCAAAGUGGAAAAUCAUCUGUUCGUCCCAGAAAUCCACCCGGACACAGGCGAAACAGGUUAUUGUCCAACUCAUGAGACCAGCAUGUGACUAGUUACAAAAGCAAUAAUGACUUUUUCUCCUUAAAGAACCAAGGUUGAUAAUGCCUGCAAACUGAAGAAAAGAAGCUUCGAAGAUGAACACAAACUAUUACUUUUGCAUGGCAUGAAGGAUUGCUUAGUUUCUAUAGUUCAGGAGCUACAUUUUUUUAAACACAGACCCAAUGACUCAGUGGAUGUUUCUAAUAAAGAGAGAGCUUUGUUCUGAGCUACUGUUCUGCAUACCUGGUAUUUUGAUCUUUUAAAUUGUAGACGAUGCCCAUCCUGCAGCACUCUAGCAUGCUAGGAGUUGUAAUUGAUUCACAGCUAUGGGGCAGCAGUUGGGAUGAAAAUGUCAGCGCAUACACGCCAAAGGAUAAGGUGCUCUGAGCUUUGUACAUAUGUUACCUAGAAGAAAGAGUUUGAAAAGUAUAUAGCGUAUAUAUAAAUAUAUAUAUGAAUAUACUGUAUAUGGGAAAUUGGGGCAUAGGUAGUUCCUUCACAGUAUACUGCUCGGAGGAUCUGUACAGACAUGUUGCAAAAUUGCAACCGUUGCAUGACCUUGUCCAGUGCUAUAGAGUUCUGCGUUAUAAAUGCACUGAUCUCAGUUGUGUGGCAGGCUUUAGUAACACUGGAAAUGUUAAAUAAAAAUAUUAAAUAUAAUGCUUUGUGUUCAGAAAAGACAUUUGCUGGUAUAAAUUAAGAGAAUAUUUUUUAUUUAUUGUGCUAUUACUCACUGCAGAUUUUUGCUGUGCAUAAGACUUGUUUUUCUUUUUUUUCAUUUCUUAUUGAAAAAUAAAGUUAUAAAAAUAG